AUGGAUGUUGCUGGAGACUUAACACUACAGUGGGUGGAGGAGGUAGGAAAUGUUAUUCACGAAGAGGUAAUAUGUGGUUUAGAAGCACAACUUGUUGGAGCAGAAGAGGAAGUGAUAGGAGCUUGCGAAGAAGUUACAAUAGAAGAAACAGUAGAGUCAGUUCCCAAUGUUACUUCUACGACAGGGUCAGAAAUAUUAAUGGUACCACAAUCCAACGACAUGGAAUCUAUUUACAUAGUUCCACAAGAUCAAGGUCAUGAUUAUUUGAACAUACAGGUUACAGAAGAAGUAAUUGCAGAUAAUUGGGAUAGAUCUGGACCAGAAGAUGGAAUUGAAAUAUCAGAAGUAAAAGUAUCUCAUGAAAAUUUACUGGAAUAUGAUGAUAUGGAGAUACCAUUGCCAAUUGAUCAAGAUUCAUAUACAAAUAGCAGACCUUAUCCAUGUGAUUUCUGUAGUAGGAGGUUCAGAAAGAAAGCAAACUUAAUGAAUCAUAUGGUAACACAUCAAACAGAUCGACCUCAUGGUUGUAAUUUAUGUGGAGCACGUUAUGCAAGAAAAUGUGAUCUUAUGAAUCAUUUAAAGAUUCAUGCUUAUGCACCACCACGAGAUGGUUUAGAAGAUGAUUUAAAUGAUGAUGAUUCAUUGGCACCAGAAGAAGAGGAAUCUACUAAAGGUAGACGUAAAAAGGUACAAUCAAGCGUACCAAGAAAGCGCAAAAAUAAUUCUAUUUCAAAACGCAAUAUGGAAGAUAAUAAAAUGGAAAUGGGCAAGUACGUCAGUAAAUCUUAUGAUUAUGUUGACGAAGAUAUGCGCCUUUUGGAGGAAAUGACUAGUAGAAAUUCUGCGCGCACUAGUAACUAUGCUUCAAGUUCAAGAUGGACUGAACAGAUGUCACCUGUAUCAAAUGAAGUUCAAACACCACGGUGGCCUAUAACUGAUCCAACAAAACCAUAUGUGUGUCAGUAUUGUGGUGUUGGUUUUGCAAGGGAAAAAGCACUUGCUUCUCAUGCACGCAUACAUGGUGGUGAUAGUCCAUUUGAAUGUACAUCUUGUGGUGAUAUGUUUUGGGAUGUUAAUAGUUUAAGGGAACAUGUUCGUAUCAAACAUGGUGGUACAGUACAAUCUGAUACAGAGGAAUAUGAUAAUGAUGCCACAUAUACAGGAGAUGAAAGAUUUGGGGAAUUCUAUUGUAAUACUUGUGGUGUUCCUUUUCAUCGUUUGGAUUUACUUAAACGCCAUCAAAAGAUUCAUGUGAAACAGGAGGCUGCUGAUAUGAUGGAAGGUCCAAGUCGACUUCAUGUUUGUAAUGUUUGUGGUGAAUGGUUUGAGGAAGCUUUGGCAUUGUUAGCACAUGCUGAACUUCAUGCUAGAUCACCCGGUCAUCGAUGUUUAUUGUGUGGGGAAAGAUGUCGUGAUGAUGCUGAAGUUGCUGAACAUGUUCGACAAAAUCAUGCUGAAGAUGCUCCUCCGAAUACAUGUACUCUUUGUGGAAAAACGUGUAAAGAUAAACGCAGUUUAUUAAAGCAUUCAUGGGUUCAUAAUGUCGAUAAGACUUUUGGAUGUACAAAAUGUGGGAAACGUUUUCAUAGCAAAGCCAGAUUACGAAGACAUAUGGUAUCACAUCGCAAUAAGAUGGUAGCUUGUGACGAGUGUGGAGAAGAGUUUCCUGAUGGUAGAGCUUUGGUUAGCCACCGUCAUUCACAUAAUAAAGAUCUAGGUGGUCGUUCUUUCCCAUGUCGAGAAUGUGGAAAAACAUUUGGUAGUCGUAGUUCACAGCAAAUUCAUAUUCGCAUUCACACUGGAGAAAGACCAUAUGGUUGUAGAUUUUGUUGGAAAGCAUUUGCUGAUGGCGGAACUUUAAGAAAACACGAACGUAUCCAUACAGGAGAAAAGCCAUAUGGAUGCGCAAUUUGUCCACGUGCUUUUAAUCAAAGAGUUGUUCUUAGAGAACAUGUUCGUGCUCAUCAUUCAGGUCCUGAUCCAAAAUGUGUAGGUAGUAUUACACCAUACUUAUGUAAAGUAUGUGGUGAUGCGUAUGGAACAUCGGAAGAAAUAGUUGCUCAUAUUGUGCAACAUUGUGAUGAUAAUACCGCAUUAAGACGUCAACCACAAACUGGACCACGUAAAUAUAAAAGAAGACGUAAAUUAAAAACCCAUGAGACCAACACGAUGUUGCGUAUGACUGAGCAGUAUGAUAUGGAAGGAGGUUCUGAUUCAGAUGAUAAUACAAAAAGAAAGCUUGGAAGAAAAAAUAAGCAACAUCGAUCGAAUGUUGAAGAAGGUUAUCAGAAUGUUCUUAAAAGUUUUGAAAACUCUUUACAAAAUAUAAAUUCAAUCGUCAGCAAUUCAAAGUUAAAUCCUGGAAAAUCAAAGCUUUCUAAGAAGAAGCUUAGGAAAGAAGAAAAAAAAAGUGAAGCUGAAGCUUCGUGUCAACCUGGUAGACCAAAAAUGAUUCAUACCCAAAAAACAAGAGUGCCUGUAGAAAUUGGUGGUGAUGGAGUUAAAAAGGGACAGAAAACUAAAACAAUGGUAACAAGGACACCUAAAAUGAUGCCACAAGAACACAAGUUAGGUGUUUUCCCGGGCGGGGAAAGGAACAGACCAAGAACAAAAAACGUUAGUUAUCACAUUGAAGGGAAACUUCAACCAACACCUGCAACAUUCCCAAAACAAAAGGAAGAAACUUUAUUACCUCCAACACCAAUACAUCAUCAAUCGCUAUUAACCAAUAUAAAAAUAGAACCUAACUUACAAAAAACGUCAAAUAAUAAUCACAGAAAUAAUAAUGGCAAUAUUCUUGCUAUUAAUAAUGAAAAAAUGGAGCCAACACCUAGAAAAAAAUCAGGUGUCUUGAGAAAAAUUAAAAAACAGAAAGAUGUAAUUAAGCAAGAACCAAUAGAUAUUGACCACGAGGAAAUACAAAAUAAUAAUAAUACAGAAAAUACGGAUUCAGAAAGAUUAAUGGAUCAUUCAGUGGAUGGAAGUAAUUUAGAAGUCGCGUUCGAGGCAAGUGUUACAACCGAGGAAGAAAAUAUACUUCCUGAUGUAGGUGAAGCAAAUAAUACCGAAGAUGUGGGUACUGGAAAUGUAAAACUUAGUGUAAAAGUUGAGUCAACACCUCAAAGAAUGUUGGCUGUUCAUAGCGUUAUAGCCCCUGUGGAUGAUAUUCCAGAAACUAUAAUACCAGAUGCUGUAGAAUAUACAUGUGAAAUGUGUUCUGCAGUAUUUUCCAGUCGGGCAGAAUUAUUGGUCCAUGUUCCAAUACACAUUUGAUUUAAUUUGUUCAAUGAAGUUAAUGAGGUAUGCAAAAUUUGUUCAAUUUUAAGAAUAUUUGAUUAAUUAAGCAAUAUUUUAACAAUGGUCAAUGAAAGUUUAUAUGUUUAUUUCAAUUGACAUUAUGUUAUUAUGCCAAAAUGUCCUCUACUCGUUGCUCUAUGAAGUGCACCAGAUGUUUGUGUUUAACAUAUAUUUUAAAAGUUGAUGCUGUCUUUAGUUUAUAUUACGUCAUUCUAUGUAUGGUAUGCAGAAACUUUCAAACAUAAUCGUUUUCAAUUAACAUUAUUAUUAUAUCCUUUUUAUACUAUUCGUGUUUCUCUUUAACAAAGCUGUUUGGCUCAAAAUUCAUAUUGAAUCAUGAUACAAUGAGUAAUGUUAUAAAUAUUUUAUAUGUUUACAAUUUACAAAGUCACCUACCCCUGUCAAAGGAUUGAAAUCUUAGACCAUUCUUUUACAAUCCACAAUUUUAUAAUGAAAUUUAACAAAAAAUGAAAUAAUGGCACGCUGUGUACAUAAAAUAUUAAGAUAUUCUAAACAUUAAUGCAAGUGUAUUUUAUAAUAUAUAUUAUUCAUUUAUAUGAAUUAAAUCUACUUCGUACUUUGCUUUUAGCUCCUAAGUAAUUAGAUACAUGACAGCCAAUGCAUUGAAGUGUUAUGAUAAAUAAUUUGUAUGCAAUAUUACCAUCUGAACCCAGAUUGUUUUUCAUUAAUUUUUUACUUAUAACAAUACGUAGAAGUCAACAUAGCAUAAUUGGGAAAUUAGGUAUUAACUAUUUAAUUCAUAUUUGAAGAAAAAAGAGAUUAUACUUAUAAAUUUGUCUUGAAUCAAAUACCUGUAACAUUGUAACAUGUAAUAACACAUUUACUUUUCACAAGAUGCAAUGGAAACAUAUUUGUACAAAUUAAUUUUCAUAUUUUGGAGCAUUCUGUAACACAAACACGAAUGCAUUAUUACUAUUUAAUAGUAUUCAUAAUAAAAAUAUAAUUAUUAUUAUGGUAUACUUUGUUUAUACUAACAUAUCUGAAUGGUUUUUUAAAAUUAGAAAACCAUUUUAAUACAUUUGGCAUUAUAUGUAAUUAUAUGAAACAUGUGUAGAAUUUGAUGAAAAAGGAAACAUUAAAGCUUAAAUGUUAUAAGCUCCCAAAUUAUUUUAAUUUAAAUGCUGGUAUAAUAUGCAGAAUCAAAUAUGAAUUUCAAACUUAAAAGAAGGACAAAAUUCUAGUGUAUCUAUUAUCUUAUUUAUUUACUUACAUUACAUGUUGAAAAUAUAUAUUUCAUUAGAUGUGAUAUCAUUCAUCAGUUGUAUAUUAUUUAUAGCUGAUGAUGUUAUUAUAACUGAUGAAUGCUAUUAUAGCAUUACAUUAAACAGUACCAUAGAGGAAAGAGCAGAAUUAUAUUUUGUUUUGGUUAAUAUAAAUUUACAUAUUACUAUAAGCUCAUAAAAGUUUAAUGUUACAGAGUAAAGAUUUGAGUAUUGGAGAUAGUGUAUAUACUAUCGUACAAAUAUUUUAGAUAUAUUGACAAGUAGCUUUUGCAACAUCGCAUUUUUGUUCCAUAAAAAUAAAUAAUUAUACACAGAUA